AUGGUGGUGUACCAACUCCCUCAGUGUGCCAACCACUUCAUGUCUGUGAACGGGAGUCACAAACAACACCUCUGUAAACUACAGAGUAUGGCUGAUCUUAGUACAGACGACCUCAAACAGAGUCUGUCUGACCUUAGUACAGAUGACCUCAAACAGGUAAAGACACAAACAACACCUCCGUUAACUACAGAGACUGAUCUUAGUACAGACGACCUCAAACAGAGUCUGACUGAUCUUAGUACAGACGACCUCAAACAGAGUCUAUCUGACCUUAGUACAGACGACCUCAAACAGAGUCUAUCUGACCUUAGUACAGACGACCUCAAACAGAGACUGAUCUUAGUACAGACGACCUCAAACAGGUUAAGACACAAACAACAUCUCCGUAAAGGACAGUGUCUGGCUGAUCUUAGUACAGACGACCUCAAACAGAGUCUAUCUGACCUUAGUACAGACGACCUCAAACAGAGUCUAUCUGACCUUAGUACAGACAACCUCAAACAGAGUCUGACUGAUCUUAGUACAGACGACCUCAAACAGAGUCUAUCUGACCUUAGUACAGACGACCUCAAACAGAGUCUGACUGAUCUUAGUACAGACGACUUCAAACAGAGUCUGACUGAUCUUAGUGCAGACGACCUCAAACAGAGUCUGACUGAUCUUAGUACAGACGACCUCAAACAGAGUCUAUCUGACCUUAGUACAGACGACCUCAAACAGAGUCUAUCUGACCUUAGUACAGACAACCUCAAACAGAGUUUAUCUGACCUUAGUACAGACGACCUCAAACAGAGUCUAUCUGACCUUAGUACAGACGACCUCAAACAGAGUCUGUCUGACCUUAGUAAAGAUGACCUCAAACAGGUAAAGACACAAACAACACCUCCGUUAACUACAGAGACUGAUCUUAGUACAGACGACCUCAAACAGAGUAUAUCUGACCUUAGUACAGACGACCUCAAACAGAGUCUGACUGAUCUUAGUACAGACGACCUCAAACAGAGUCUGACUGAUCUUAGUACAGACGACCUCAAACAGAGUCUAUCUGACCUUAGUACAGACGACCUCAAACAGAGUCUAUCUGACCUUAGUACAGACGACCUCAAACAGAGUCUAUCUGACCUUAGUACAGACAACCUCAAACAGAGUUUAUCUGACCUUAGUACAGACGACCUCAAACAGAGUCUAUCUGACCUUAGUACAGACGACCUCAAACAGGUAAAGACACAAACAACACCUCCGUUAACUACAGAGACUGAUCUUAGUACAGACGACCUCAAACAGAGUCUGGCUGAUCUUAGUACAGACGACCUCAAACAGGUAAAGACACAAACAACAUCUCCGUUAACUACAGAGACUGAUCUUAGUACAGACGACCUCAAACAGGUAAAGACACAAUUAAACAACAUCUCCGUAAACGACAGUGUCUGGCAGAUCUUAGUACAGACGACCUCAAACAGACGACCUCAAACAGGUAAAGACACAAACAAAACCUCUGUAAACUACAGAGUCUGUCUGACCUUAGUACAGACGACCUUAAAAGGUAAAGACACAAACAAAACCUCCAGUCUGACUGAUCUUAGUACAGACGACCUCAAACAGGUAAAGACACAAACAACACCUCCGAAAACUACAGAGUCUGUCUGA